CCCUCGACAUUGCUCUGCUCUACGCCCAUCAACAACCAUCCAUCUGCCUCCUGCUGAGAAGCUCGCGCGUUGGCCUCGCUCCUGACACGCCGGCGUCCCUUACCCCGCCCGCGCCGUGGCCUUCGCUGGUCAAACGGCCAUGUUCCUCAGGAAACUCCCUCAGCUUCCGGCUCUUCCUUCCAUGCGCCUCAACACCGUCCACACUCGCUCCAAGGCGUCUGCUGCUGCUUCUUACACCGACUCGGCAACGCCCAGUCCCACGCAGUCGACCCACGACACCAGCACGUCGGCCGAGUGUGCCACGUCGGUGAGCGACCCGGAUGAUUACGCUGACACUCUGGCCACCAUCAAACCCGCGUCAUCAGCAACCAUGAGGCCCAGAGUCACCACCACCAUCAACUCCACCGUUCGCCGCCAUUCAGACAGAGCCGCCAAUGCUCGCAGCCGACGAGCUUCCAGUCGCGUGCGCAAGCCUACUGCCAAAGCCCAAGCUCUAGGUGACAGUAAACGGUACUCGCCGCCACUGCUGGAUACUAUUAUAAUCGAGCCCUCGCCACCAAAGUUCGGCCCGUCGUCCAACAAGGGGCCUUCGACGACCUCGCCUUUACCCAAAGAUGCCCCUGAGGAAGCACCACCGGAUUUCAAGCUGCUGCAAACUCCGCCGGCAGCAAAUUUCGCCAGACCCAAAACGCCACCUCCCGCACAAGUUGCUGGAGAGGAGACAUCGGCCGCUAUUGUCGAGACCCCUUCUCGUAGAACCUCUCAGAGGGAACGGAAACCCACUGCAAAGGUAUUAUCAGAGUCUUUGACAUCUCAGAAACGUCCCGCCACCGACGACCAACAAGACGCUCCUCCCCGCAAAUCCGCACGACUCUCCUACUCGGGCGCCAGAGUCCCAUCAAAGCUCCGAUACUCCAUCUCUGCUGAGAACAGUGACGCAGGUGAUGCCGCUGAGGUAGAGAGGGCCCCACCACCGGAAAUCCCAUCAACGAAGAAAUCCAAGAUUGUUGUCUUGAAGUCCAAGCGGCUAGCCGAAGUGUUUGGCCCUCCGCCAAAGCCAGAUAACAGCCCUCCUUCAUCCAAAAGAAGAUCCAGACGGAGAGCCCUACGCGGCUAUGUCACCAAUCAAGGCGCCAAAGUAAAGCCCGAUCUCGCUGCUGUGGAGAUACCUGGUUCAUGCAAUCUGUCUUGUCUUCCCCCAGCGUCCCGGCUACUGGCCUUUGCAGAAAUUGCUUUUCAGAUGCCAGAUCAGGAAGACGAGAACGAAGAAACUAUUCCUGGGAGCGUCUAUGAUUGGCGUAUGUACACGCAGGUCUGGUGCCGGUGUGACAAAGAUCGCGAGCUCCAGUCUGAGCGCACAGACUCGGCCGAGCUGGCACGAGCGUUGAUGCCGAACCCUGUCUCUGAAGGCACAUACUACGACCCAGUUGAUCUGACUUCAUCCAAAACUCCUGAGGUUGAACUGUUGUCUACGCCUGUCAACACUAUUCUCCGCGCAACCGAUGCCGAGAGACUUUCCCAGUUGUAUACUGGCCCUCCCAGUUACAGUGCAGGCCACACCACAAACGGCACCCCAGCGACAGGGAGCAUGAGGACCCAGGACGAGUUUGUAGCUGGUGCCUCCUAUCGACCUUCGGAGCCCUCUGUACCACUCUAUGACGACCAGAGUCGCAAAUCGAUGUACUCGAUACCGCCAUCCACCGCAACGAGACGGACGUACGAGGAGCGCCUCAUAGACGACCACAACGCCCUGACCGACAUCCGCAAGAGGGCCGCUGCUCGCGGGAUAUCGUGGAGUUUUAAUAUGACGUUCGACGAUAUUCAUGCCCUCAUCAUGGAAGCGGAAGACCGUGAACAGCAACUGCAUCAACCCGCUCAGUACCGCCAGCAGGUGAUGAGUCCGCCACAGAAUGUGAUUGACCGUGCGUACGGAUACCCCAGAUCACAACCCUCACCCAGUGGAUUUGGAGUCCUCUUGCCUCCCCGAGGCACACACCAGGCGCGACGAGGUGGCGGCGGGCAAAAGAGGCGCAAAACCAGUUUUGCGACUUCUGCUGCAGUUAACGGAGUGGCGGAGGUUGCUCAAGAUCCCCUCACCCCGAAUGCUACACCCAACAAUAUCAGCUUUGUCGAGAACGGCACCCCACCGAAGGCUUCUCGUAGUCGUCGACCUUCAUCACCAAGUCGACCUAAGAGUUCACGGUUUAGAGUUGAUCCGCGGGGAUUGCGAGGAGAAUCUCCCGGGCCAGGCACUAUCAUCAACAUGACUGAGAUCCGCCAACAUGCCGAAUUCAUGAGACAGGCUACGGGGAUUGAAACUCUUGGAAAGGCGAUGAGAGAGUUCGAAGAGUACCAGAAGCGCGAACAAGACAGAAGAAUGGAGACGUGGGGAAGACGAGCGCAACAGCGUCAAAGAUUGAACGGACAUGGACACGAGCAGCCUUGAGCACGGGCAGUGGUAGGCCGGGAGCGUGCAUCGAGCGGAUAUUGGCUAUCACUGGCAAUGGAGCAUAGCGUCGGAUGGCAUCCAGACUGGAAGUCCUGAGGGGAGCUGGUUUUGAACACAUCAUGUAUACAAGCAUGUCUUUCGGUUUCUUUUUUCGGGAGGGAUAUGGUAUGGGAUUGCAUUCCAUAGGCCAAUAUUCACCUGCUGUGGAGUUCUCAGGGUAAUGGAAAAGCCCAAUUGUGGUAUUUAGAUACAUCGUCGCCUCGACUUGUGGUCCGUCAGGCGUCUAAGAAACGUUUCCUUGUCUAGAAUAGAUACUAGUAUAGCAC